AUGUCGAUGUUGGCCGCACACCCUUUGGCUGGCGGUCGAGGCGUGGGCCGUACUUACGAGAACUGGCAGGACCAGCAGCUACACGCGACGCGUGCGUCACGAGAGCACGUCCACGCGCCAUCCCUGUGCUGCGUGCUGCUGCAGGUCUUGUUCCGGGGCAGUGGCGGCAAGCCCAUCGCCGUGCUCUGCCUCACCGUGGAGACUCAGCCCCACGUGGUGGACCAGGUCUUCCGCUUCUACCACCCGGAGCUCACCUUCCUGAAGAAGGCCAUCCGCCUGCCUCCCUGGCACACGCUUCCAGGUGCUCCCGUGGGAAGACCUGGUGAGGAACCCCCAGUCCACGUCCGAUGUAGCGACCCCAACGUCAUCUGUGAGACCCAGAAUGUGGGCCUCGGGGAGCCACGGGAUGUGUUCCUGAAGGUGGCUAGUGGGCCAAGCCCGGAGAGCAAAGACUUCUUUGUCACUGUUUACGCGGAUAACUGGCUGGCAACCCCUGUCCAGAUAUGGCAGGUCCACCUUCACUCCUUGCAGCGCGUGGACGUCUCCUGUGUCACAGGCCAGCAGACCCGCCUGUCCCUUGUCCUUCGGGGGACACAGACGGUUCGGAGAGUGCAGGCUUUCACCUCGCACCCCCAGGAGCUGAAGACGGACCCCAAGGGUGUGUUUGUGCUGCCACCUCACGGGGUGCAGGAUCUGCACGUUGCUGUGAGGCCCCGGAGAGCAGGGAGCCGGUUCAUCCACCUUAACCUGGUCGACGUGGACUACCACCAGCUGGUGGCCUCGUGGCUUGUGUGCCUCUCUGGCCGUCCACCUCUCAUUUCCAAGGCUUUCGAGAUCACGCUGGCCGCGGGGGAAGGCAAAGGCGCCAACAAGCGGAUCACCUACACCAACCCCUACCCCUCCCAGAGGACCUACCACCUGCACAGCGACCACCCUGACCUGCUGCAGUUCAGGGAGGACUGCUUCCAGGUCAGGGGAGGAGAGACCUACACCAUCGGCCUGCGGUUUGCACCUCGUCAGAGCGCCGGGGAGGAGGAGAUCCUGAUUUACAUCAAUGACCACGAAGACAAAAACGAAGAGGCGUUCUGCGUGAAGGUCACCUACCAGUAAAGAGCGGCCGGGGGUGGCCCCCAUCCCGCCGCAGCGUGGGGACACACUCAUGUGCGCUGGCUCUGUGGGCCUCCUCCUGCCCUCGCUGACCUGCCUGGGCAACUGGGGAGCGUGGCCAAAGGUGGAGGGGGUGCCGUGCUCCUGACCGGCUCUCGUGCCCGAGUGCAGGAAGCUGCUGCUGGAGCCAGCCGUGGGCCGAGCCCUGCGGGCAUCCACCGGGCAGGGCUCGGCGCCGGGAAGCACGAGGCUCCUUUCUUUCCGCUGCACUCGGGCAGGUGUCUCUGUCUAGGACGUGUCGAUUUGCUUUUUAGCAAAAUAUAUUUUAUGAAUCAUCUUAAGUGAUAAAAUUAUGUUUUCUUACUGGAUUUUGUAUAAAUAUUAUUUGCUAUGGAAUCUUUUAUAUUGGUAUUCUUUCAUAUCUUUUUUUAAGUUAUGUAUGAAAAACUAAACUUUUACCUGUUUUCUCUA